AUACAUAUAUAUACACAUACAUACGCAUAUAUAUACAUAUAUAUACACAUACAUACGCAUAUAUAUACAUAUAUAUACACGCAUAUAUAUACAUAUAUAUACACGCAUAUAUAUACAUAUACAUACAUACGCAUAUAUAUACAUAUACAUACAUACGCAUAUAUAUACAUAUACAUACAUACGCAUACAUACACAUAUACAUACAUACGCAUACAUACACAUAUAUACAUACAUACGCAUAUAUACACAUAUACAUACAUACGCAUAUAUACACAUAUAUACAUACAUACGCAUAUAUACACAUAUAUACAUACGCAUAUAUACACAUAUAUACAUACGCAUAUAUACACAUAUAUACAUACGCAUAUAUACACAUAUAUACAUACGCAUACACACACAUGCGCAUAUAUACACACACAUGCGCAUAUAUACACACACAUGCGCAUACACCCAUAUAUACGCAUAUGUACGCACAUACACCCAUAUAUACGCAUAUGUACGCACAUACACCCAUAUAUACGCAUAUGUACGCACAUACACCCAUAUAUACGCAUAUGUACGCACAUACACCCAUAUAUACGCAUAUGCCCCUGA